CUAAGGCCUGCUUAACUUCAACAAGGUGCCUUCAGACCAUACAUAUCUAGACAAUUGAUCAAGAAAACACUGCAGCUCUAGAUUUCAAAAUAUACUGCUGCAAACAUUCAAGGUUGAAAAUGCUUUCAGCAUUUCUAUUAUGCUUCCUGAAUGCUCCAUGAGGUCUAUUUUUAUUAAAAACAAUAUUUAGUUUGGAUUAUGCUUUUGCAAACAAGGAAACGAACCUUUUGUUAGCUGUAUGGUUACAUCAUUCUCAAGCUCAACAUAAAUUGCAGUCCCCAAUAUUCCUGCCCAGCUGUUUCAAAGCCUGAGAGGUGGAUAAGCUAAGGAGGUGCAUUUGAUCUCCCAGGAAGAGGAUCCGAAGGGGAAAAAAGAGAAUCCCAGGUGCAGGAUGCAGUUUGGUCCACACUCCAUCUUUAUCCUAAUGCUUAGUGGGCUACACUUCAUUAACUGUGAGCCAAUAGCAAAAGACUCACCCACUACCUUCCAGAGCACUAACAGCACAUCCAAUCCUGGCUCAGCCAACACCCCCUCAACUCCUGGCCCAGUCAGCAACAUGGCCACAUCACCAGCCAACACCACCAGCACAUCCACUAAAGGGCCAAAUGGCAAUGCCACUAUGUUGCCAACUAACAAUGCUACCACUUCUACUCCUGGCCAAGCCACCAACAUAGCCGAAGUCACUCAAGGUCAAACCAACGCCACUUCAUCUUCUCCUGGCCAAGCCACCAGCACAGCCGAAGUCACUCAAGGUCAAACCAACGCCACUUCAUCUUCUCCUGGCCAAGCCACCAGCACAGCCGAAGUCACUCAAGGUCAAACCAACGCCACUUCAUCUUCUCCUGGCCAAGCCACCAGCACAGCCGAAGUCACUCAAGGUCAAACCAAUGCCACCUCAUCUUCUCCUGGCCAAGCCACCAACACAGCCAAAGUCACUCAAGGUCAAACCAAUGCCACCUCAUCUUCUCCUGGCCAAGCCACCAACACAGCCAAAGUCACAAAAGAUCAAACCAACACCACUUCAUCUUCUCCUGACCAAGCAACCAACACAGCCAAAGUCACUCAAGGUCAAACCAACGCCACCUCUUCUUCUUCUGGUCAAGCCACCAACACCACAGCCAGCCAGAACAAUGGCACUACAAGCGCUUCUCACAAGAAAACAACCAAUAUUGCUGUAUUCCCAACUUCUUCAUUUUUGGGAUGUGCAUUGCUUGCGGUUUCUGUACUCUGCCUGUAAAGAAGUAUUUCUCUGUUGUACACUGCCAUCUGCCUCUCUACAUUUUUGUUUUACCCAACUAACCCUAUGAUAAGAACUAGAAGAGUCACUGCCAAGACAACCUUGUUCUAUCUCUAGGCAUGCCCAGCCAGCAGAUUCUCACAAUAGUUGCUACAGCACCCAACCAGAAGGAAGACAGUGGAGCAUCCUAUGGAAAUGGACAGGUAGCUGUUCCCUCAGGAUUCCACCAAAUUUACUGACAAAAGCCUACCAUGAAGAAUGUGACAUCUCUACUGGCCUCUUGACGGUCUGCAGCCCCUGCAUGGACCAUUUGAAGGAAGGGGGAAGAGAAUAAUAUGUGUCUCAAAGACCCCACUGCAUCAGGAAUGUAGAGGCCAGCAAUACAGAAACAGUCCUGCAUGGAUCAAUGGCCUCUAGAAGUUCUCUUUUAUUUUACUUCAGCAAAUCAAGAACUGCCAAGACCUCAGGUUGGAAAUUUAAUGUAUUUUGACUGCUUCUGUUGUUAGCUUGUUCUGUAGAGGGGUGUUUUGUCUGCUUGCCUUUUCUUACAGUUUUAUUAAUUCUAAAAACACACAGAAACAUAUUUACACAAAAUACAAACAUUAACAAACACAACUUACUUACUUCACUAACUCUGUAAUUUAUUUCCGCUAAUGUUUCUGGAUUGGCCCACUGGAUUAAAACUACCCAAUUCAUUUCUGAUAUACAAAUCACCACUGUGUUAUUUUGAGCAUACCAUGCAAGGCUUUAAGUUUAAACAUUUCCAACUGAUCCCAAUUUUUUAAAAUCAAUUUGGGUUUUGAUUACACUUCAAUAAUUUAGCAAAGAACAUUUUUGCAAGUGUACUUACCGGU